AAACAUUGUACAACCUCACAACAAGUCGCCUUCAGAUACUUGCGAAGAUGGCAGCCGUCGAAGAUACCAGUCCUGUUUCUCAUUCGCCACCACCACCUAAUGUCAAACGCCCCAAGGGAAUUCUCAAAAACUCGUUCCAGCGCUCGCCUCCCAUCUCGCCUAACGCGACCAGCAGCUUCCCACAGGCCGCCGUCAACAGCGCAUCUCCCGAACCUUCUGCGUCCGAGAAGGAGGUCACUAUCGAGAACACCAAGAUCAAUGCAGGCCACCGGCGCUCUUCCUCGACCGCAGGCAGCCGCCCAGGCGGCGCUCGACGCCUGAGUUCCCGAACGCCCUCCGUCGCUGACCCCAAUGAGGAGGCUGACCCUCGCAUCAAGUGGGACGAGGCCAACCUGUACCUGACCGAGCAGGAGCGCACGAGUACCAUGAAGAUCACGGAGCCCAAGACGCCGUACGCGAAGCACUACGACCCUGCCGAGGACCCCAGCGAUGACGAGCAGCACACGGGCAGCGCCGGCGGAGCUGGUUCCAAGGACAAGACAACAAGGGGCCAGAAUGAGGACGAAAUCCCCGUCAUGUCUCUCGGUGAGCCUGAAGAGGCCGUUCCCGAGAUCCCGCUCGACGAGGUGGAGCUGGCCAAUAAUAAGCGCAAGCACAGUGGCAGCGGCAGUCGCGUGCAUGUCGUCGAUGACGAGGAGCAGGCGGGGCUUUCGCCGGAGGAGCGCGAGAAGCACCGUCGCUUUGAGGAGAUGAGGAAGAAACACUACGAGAUGAAAGAGGUCACCCAGUUCCUGGGCCACCCCGAGGAUCUCGAUGAGCUGGUUGACGAGGAGGAUGGGGACGACCAGGAGGGGAACGGAAGUGCCGUGCCCCCCGUGCCUCCACUGCCGGCUGGAGUUAAUGGCAGGUCUGCUUAGGAUGCUUUGGGUUUCGUGGAAACAGUUGAAGAAAUCGGAUGGCAGCAACAGGGCACAUCCGUGAGGCUACGGAAUCAGCGUUAUUGUCUUUAGGAAUCAAUUAUCUGAGGUCACCUUUGCGGCGAAAAGGCGGAUUGGCGUCACCUGAUUGGGAAGAUGGCCUUUGUGUGUAUUGCUUUUGGGGUCGGACGAGAAUACGAUGCAAUCGCAUGCACUUACACCUUGCGCACUACACAACGGGACUCCGAAGGGCAGCAGAAAAAUACCUGUCGUCGUUGCGAGGCUAGUGUUCUACACAGGAACCUCUUCGACUUGAGUCUUCUGAAUUUUAUGGGGUCUAAGUG